AUGAUGCUAACAUCUUCAUAUCUGGAUCCACGACCAUCAUCCUCAUCAUCAUCUGUAUCUACGUCAUCGAUGUCCUCAUCCCCAUCCACGUCAUCUGAACAGUGCGCCGUGUGUGGCGACUCGGUUAAUGGGAAACGAUACGGUGCGCCCGCUUGCCUCGGAUGCAUCGUCUUUUUUCGGAGAGCGGUUAUCAACAAAAGUCAAUAUAAAUGCUGGAAGAAGGGGAAUUGUGUGAUCACUUUUGCUUCCCGAUGCGUCUGCCGAUGCUGUCGAUUGCGAAAAUGUUUCCAUGUUGGGAUGAAACCGGAAGCCAUCCAACGUCGAGACCUUCUUGGACCAAGAAAGCCGAGGACGAUACUCACCGGUGACAACAUGAGCCAGUCGAUCGAAGUUGCGAUGAACUUCUCGCCGAGUCCACAAUCCAGUUGUGAGAGUGAAAACGGAGAUCUCACAAGCACCACAUUCGACAUCGACAGUCUCAUCCACCUCCAACGCGACCAACGGGCCCAACACGAAGCCUACAGUAUCCAUCAAAUCGACGCGAUCGGUUGUGUUCAGAUGAAGACCUACGGAAAGUAUCACAACAGAGCCAGAGCUCAUGACAUCAAUUUCGUGUUGAAGUUGGGAUUAGAGAACGCGAAUGAGUGGGGAAAUCAGUUCGAGCCGUAUCGGAGUUUGAGUCAGAAGGAUAAGAAUUUGGUGUUGUCUGAGUUCGGAUUUGGAUUCCUUUUGAUCGAUCAGGGAUACAAGACUGCGCAGAGAGCGGAUGAUGGAUUCUGGUUGCUUCAGAAUGACACGUUCAUGCAUCCAGACUACUUUUUCGCAUUGUCGGAGGAAGAUGCAAAGAGGGAAAAUGCUCAGCAAAAGGCAGAAUUCCACUACGCGUUUGUCAACGAGCUGGUCAAAUGUGUGAGUGAGCCGUUCAAAAAGCUCCAAAUCGACGAAUUCGAAUGUGCCAUCCUGAAAACAGUGCUCCUUCUGACUCCCUCGUUUCCCGGCAAAGUCGCCUACAAAGACAUCGAGUACCUCCACAACAAAUGCAUGUCUGAACUCAUGGAGCACUCCGGCCAGAAGUCUCCAGAUGGUGGUCCAGAACGAUUCGGGGAGAUCAUUUUGCUCAUCAGCUCGAUUCGGUGUGGAGUGAAAGCAAUCUACAACCAGACUCGAGUCUCCGACAUUUUCCAUUUGAUGACAUUCGAUCCAUGCGUCAGAAACAUCUUCCUGUCCUAA